AUGCGCUUUACAGAGAUCUUUGCCGUCGGUGUGGUGGCGCCUUUGGUGGCAGCUCACGGUGGAAUCCCAGGAGCACCCAAAAUUUUCGGUCUACCAAGAGAUUUGCAAGACGACCUCAAGGCUCCUGUCGCUGCCCGUGUUCUCCGACACCCUGCUGAGCCCAGGGGUGGCUUGUUGGAAACCCGCCAAGGUGGUCAGAACGGACGUUGUGGACCUAGCUUUGGCAAUGCCAAGUGUGCUGCAGGAUACUGCUGCUCUGGUGCUGGAUACUGCGGAACUACAAAGGACCAUUGUCAAGCUCCCGACUGCUUGAUUGACUUCGGCCCGGCUUGCGAUGCCAACAAGACACCCGGUGGAGCCAGCACACGCAAUGAUGCUCGCCCUCAAAAGGGUAAUGUCGCAUACGGAGGUGGUGGCGUUUACGUCUGCAAGAAGGCUGGAACAGUCGCUAUCACCUACGACGACGGUCCAUACAUUUACACCGACCGCGUCCUCGACCAGUUCGCUGCGGCCGGCUUCAAGGCUACCUUCUUCGUGACCGGUAUCAACCUUGGCAAGGGCGCCAUUGACAGUACAGCUCAAUGGUCCAAUGUGAUCAAGCGCAUGGUUGCCGAGGGCCAUCAAGUCGCAUCUCACACAUGGUCCCACCAGGAUCUCAGCAUCAUUACUGAUGCGCAGCGCUACGACCAGAUGGUCAAGAACGAGAUGGCUAUCCGCAACAUCAUCGGAAAGUACCCCACAUACAUGCGUCCUCCUUACUCUUCUUGCAACCCCGCUUGCCAGACUGUGAUGAAGAACCUGGGAUACGUUAUCAGCUACUUCGACUUGGACACUGAUGAUUACAACCAACUUUCCAACAUCCAGGUCGCCAAGAACAACUUCAAGGGCAUCCUUGACUCCACAGCUGGCGGUCCCACCUCAGGCUCCCGUCUCGCUAUCGCCCACGACAUCCACGAGCAGACUGCUCUUAACCUCACCGGAUACAUGCUUUCAUACCUCAAGUCAAAGGGCUACCGCGGUGUCACCAUGGGCGAGUGUUUGGGCGAGCCUGAGGCGAACUGGUACCGUACUUCCGGCGGUGGUGGUGGCACUACUACCCCUCCUCCUACCUCUGGCGGUGGCAGCACCACCCCUGUUUCCACCGACGGAUCUUGCGGCUCAGGCAAGGGAACAUGUGCUGGAUCUACUUUCGGCAACUGCUGCUCGCAAUACGGAUGGUGCGGAUCAUCCGCUGACCACUGCAGCGCUGGUUGCAACUCUGCCUUCGGUACUUGCACCGGUGGCGGUUCUACUACCCCUGCGCCAGCACCCAGCAACCCGGCUCCUACCAAGAAGGUUUCCACUGAUGGUACUUGCGGAACUCAGGGAGGUGCUACUUGCGCUGGCUCGACAUUCGGUAACUGCUGCUCGCAGUACGGAUGGUGCGGAUCUACUGCCGGACACUGCGGUUCCGGAUGCCAGACCGGAUCGGGUACUUGCAACUAG